AUGCUUGGUAUGUCCGUAGCCAAGUCCCCUUAUAUAAUGCCAAUCUGCCUGCCGGGAUUCGGCACCUGUCGAAUCGCCUUCUGCCAAGAGUCCUUAAACCGUCACUUUGCUGCCUCCACUCGUGACUUCAGUCGCAUCUCCGCCUGUACCACCCCACCAGUUCUGAUGGAGUCCUUGCUUGAGUUUGAAACGGAGAGGCCCAUCGUGCCCCAGACCCGAUUCCCGGCGAGAGGCGGUGGCCUGACGCCUACGAAGUUGUGCCAAAAGGUGGCAGCCGGUGUUGCGUUCGGUCGGCAGUCGAAUGAGAAGGCGACUCAAGCGUCGGAAGGCUGCUCGCCGAGGUCUCAUAUGACGUCUCGAUCAUCAGGAGAAGAUGAAUUAGCGUCAAUCCACUCCAGGCCGGCCGGAAACAGGGUUGCCGAGGCCAUAGAAACCGAAGAAAUGAGUGCAAAUGUACCGAAGACUAGAGAGUCAGGCGGGCUACAUCGAAGAUUGCAUAACCUUAAUUUCGGCCGGAACAACGAGCAAGAAGCGGACGUGAGAGAGGCUGAUUCAACCACGGGUCUGGCCGCCUGUGUUGCCUGGCCGACAGAAACGCUGAUAUUGGACGAGACUGAUACCAUUAAAAUGGCCGACCAACCUCUUAAGGAUGCAACCCUCGGUCGACCAAGAGCCAUGGUCGAAGAAGAAGUGGCCGAUGUGUACACAAAUUGUGAGGCUGCGACUGAUAUUGCCCAUCAGGCAAGUGGUUGUGAGGCCAGAUCGGACCUCUUAAGUGAGCCGCAAAAACGGCUGAGACGAAUUUUUCUGGUGCGAACAAUCAGCGUCCCAGCCAGCAUGUCGACGAAUGAUGAGGAGAAAGUGCCGAAAGAGGUAGGCUUUAAGGCAGUGUGA